UAGAAGCCAUUAACCUACCUUGUUCAGAGAGAACAUUAAAUCAGCACAACAUGGCACAGCAUAGUGUUGUCCUUGGAUUAUUCAUGGUGAUUGUUUUAUUACUGUUGGAUGGAAGUUCAGCUUUCCUGUUAAAUCAGCGUCUGAAGGGAAGAUUUCAGAGAGACCGUAGAAACAUCCGCCCAAACAUCAUCCUUGUUCUUACUGAUGAUCAGGAUGUAGAACUUGGUUCUAUGCAAGUGAUGAAUAAAACAAGACGCAUCAUGGAACAUGGAGGUGCUCAUUUCAUCAAUGCCUUUGUGACCACACCCAUGUGCUGCCCAUCUCGCUCCUCCAUUCUCACGGGCAAGUACGUCCACAACCACAACACCUACACGAACAACGAGAACUGUUCUUCUCCGUCCUGGCAGGCUCAGCAUGAAAUACGUACGUUCGCGGUGUACCUCAACAACACAGGGUACAGGACAGCUUUCUUUGGAAAGUACCUUAAUGAAUACAAUGGCUCCUAUGUGCCUCCUGGUUGGAAAGAAUGGGUUGGAUUACUUAAAAACUCUCGGUUUUACAACUACACACUCUGUAGAAAUGGAGUGAAGGAGAAGCAUGGAUAUGACUACUCCAGGGAUUAUUUAACUGAUCUGAUUACCAAUGACAGUAUUACCUUCUUCAGAAUAUCGAAGAAGAUGUAUCCUCACAGGCCUGUACUGAUGGUUAUAAGCCAUGCUGCUCCUCACGGCCCUGAAGAUUCGGCCCCUCAGUACUCACAUCUCUUUCCUAAUGCCUCACAACACAUCACGCCCAGUUAUAACUAUGCUCCAAACCCAGACAAGCACUGGAUAAUGAGAUAUACAGGUCCCAUGAAACCUAUACACAUGGAGUUCACUAACAUGCUACAGAGAAAGCGCCUUCAAACACUCAUGUCUGUGGAUGACUCUAUGGAGAUGAUUUACAGUACACUGGUUGAAACAGGAGAACUGGACAAUACGUAUAUAAUAUACACAGCAGACCAUGGUUAUCAUAUUGGGCAGUUUGGGCUGGUGAAAGGGAAGUCCAUGCCAUACGAGUUUGAUAUCAGAGUUCCUUUCUAUGUCCGAGGUCCGAAUGUGGAGGCUGGGUCCUUGAAUCCUCACAUUGUGUUGAAUAUCGAUCUCGCACCUACAAUUCUAGAUAUUGCUGGAUUGGAUAUUCCCUCUGAUAUGGAUGGUAAAUCCAUUCUAAAGCUGCUGGAUUCCGAGAGACCAGUAAAUAGGUUCCAUUUGAAGAAAAAGAUGAAAGUGUGGAGAGACUCAUUCUUAGUGGAAAGAGGUAAACUGCUGCAUAAGAGGGAGAACGAGAAGGCAGAUGCCCAAGAAGAAAACUUUCUACCCAAAUACCAGCGCGUGAAAGACCUCUGUCAGCGAGCUGAGUAUCAAACAGCUUGUGAACAGCUUGGCCAGAAAUGGCAGUGUGUGGAAGAUGCCAGCGGAAAGCUCAAGCUGCACAAGUGCAAGGGAAUGGCAAACUUGGCAGCUGCAGGCAAUAGCAAAGGCAUGUCCAAUAUUUUGCCCAAGUAUUACAACAGGAAUAGUGAAGACUGCAGUUGUGAAGAGAAUGAAUACAAGCUGAGCCACAUUGGACAGAGAAAGAAACUCUUCUCCAAGAAAAAAUUCAAGCCAAGCUAUGCCCGGAAUCGCUCUAUCCGUUCUGUAUCCGUUGAGCUGGAUGGAGCUGUUUAUAACCUGGGUUUAGAGGAUGGAUACCAGCCCAUCUUACCAAGGAACGUCACCAAGCGGCACAAGGUGCAGAGGGCUGUUCUGCAUGAGGAGGAAGAUAGAGACAUGGGGGAAUACAGUGGCACUGGUGGCAUUGCAGAGUACACAGCCCCUAACCUGAUCAAAGUGACCCACAGGUGCUAUAUCCUGGAGAAUGACACUGUUCAGUGUGACACAAAUCUGUACAGGUCACUGCAAGCUUGGAAGGACCAUAAACUUCAUAUUGACCAUGAGAUUGAAACUUUGCAAAAUAAAAUAAAAAACCUGAGGGAGGUGAGAGGUCAUCUAAAGAAGAAGCGACCCGAAGAGUGUGAUUGUAACAAGAUAAGUUACCAUUCAAAACACAAAAGCAAACUGAGGCACAAGGGAUCCGGCCUUCAUCCUUUCAAGAAAGCCCUACAGGAGAAGGACAGGCUGUGGCUUCUGCGGGAACAGAGACGGAAGAAGAAACUGCGCAAACUGCUCAAGAGAAUUAAAAACAAUGACACGUGCAGCAUGCCUGGUCUGACCUGCUUCACACACGACAACCAGCACUGGCAAACUGCUCCCCUGUGGACACUGGGCCCUUUCUGUGCCUGUACCAGUGCCAACAACAACACAUACUGGUGUUUGAGGACAAUCAAUGAGACCCACAACUUCCUGUUCUGUGAAUUUGCCACUGGAUUUUUGGAGUAUUUUGAUCUCAAUACCGAUCCAUAUCAGCUAAUUAAUGCAGUGAAUACACUCGACAGAGAUGUUCUCAAUCAACUGCAUGUCCAGCUCAUGGAACUCAGAAGCUGCAAAGGGUAUAAACAAUGCAAUCCAAGAACCAGGAACAUGGAUAUAGGACUUAAAGAUGGAAGCUACGAGCAGUACAGGCAGUUUCAACGUCGAAAGUGGCCAGAUGUGAAGAGACCAUCAUCUGCCAAGUCACUAGGACAACUGUGGGAAGGUUGGGAGGGCUAA